ACCGAUCUUUUUUAAUUUAUUUUAAAUUUAACUAUAAACUUUAAUGAUAUUAUAGCAUUAUUUUAUUUCUAAACCAAAAAAUUAAUUAGUUAAUUAGUAAAUUAAUUAGGCAUUUUCAUUUUUCACUUUCUGACUUGAGAUCGAGAGAGUGACUGUGAGAGAGACCAGUCGUGAGUCUCGUGACUGAGAGAGGCACGACGGGGAGACAAAACUCGCCGCCUCGUGCCUGCCUGAGCAGCCUCCACUUCCGCCUUGUCGCGCCGUCGCCCACCCCGCCUCCGGCCUCCACCUCAGCCGACAGCCAUCUCAGGGCAAAAAAGGAAGUAUCUUUGAGUAAUCUUGUGGCGACCCCUCCCUCUCCACGGUGCUGACUCUCCUCCGCUGGCACACCGCUCUGAAUCUGCCGUUUCUGAUAUCUUUUGCGUCAUUUACGAUACACUUAUUAGGAGUACUUUGUUGCUACAACUGCGAUACAGAAAAAUUCUUGCAAUGGAGAAUGGAAGCAGCUGUUUCUUUUCCAAAGUGGGAUUCCUAAACUUUGCCAUUUUGCUGAUAAUUGGUGUUUCUACCUUUCUUUUGUUCCGGAUUUUGUAUGUUAUAUACCGAAGCAGCAAGCAGUUACACAAUAGACCUCCAGGACCUCUGAGUACCUUGAUAAUUCUAGGCUCAGGUGGUCACACUGCAGAGAUGUUAAACCUACUAGCUGUUAUGCAGAUGGAUAGAUUCAAACCUAGAUACUACAUUGCUGCUGCCACUGAUAAUAUGAGCCUUCAGAAAGCUCAUGUGAUGGAGGACACCUUGAAGAACAAGGCAGAAGCUGAGACAGUAGGCACUUCACAUUUCAUGCAAAUUUACCGAAGUCGCGAGGUUGGCCAGUCUUACCUAACUUCAGUUGGCACAACUUUAGCUGCUUUAGCCCAUGCAUUAUGGCUAAUGAUCAAAAUCAGACCUCAAGUGAUUUUGUGCAAUGGGCCUGGGACUUGUAUACCACUUUGUGCCAUUGCUUUUAUUUUCAAGGUUUUGGGGAUCAGGUGGUCGUCUAUUUUCUAUGUUGAGAGUAUUGCUAGAGUCAAAAGGCUAUCUUUGAGCGGGUUGCUUCUAUACAAACUACGGAUGGCUGAUCAAAUAUUCGUGCAAUGGCCACAACUCAAGAGCAAAUACCCUCGAGCUAAUUAUGUUGGUCGUCUUAUGUAACGACUUCUAUUCUUGCCCCCCUUUGAGGGCGCUCAUUCAAUUUACAAAUUUAUGAUGAUACUCAACAUUUGAUGAGACACAAAAGUUGCCGAACCUCGCACAACUGGAAAAUGCUGUGGAUACUAGAGCUGAAAUGUGUGCUAAAAGACGUUUAAUAACAAAUAACACAUGAUUUUUGAAAUCUGAAAUCGUGAUGACUAUGAAAAGAAGAGACUUGAAAAUACAGAGAUAUUACAUUAGCUCAGUGUAGACAGGUUUAACUAUACUAAGCCCACGUUUGGUUGGAUAAUUUUAGAGGUUGGAAAGGGAUUCAAUUAAUUGAAUCCAUUACUUGUUGUUUGGUUUG